AUGUCAUCAGAUCCAAACGCGAAGCCAUUGCCCUUCAUAUAUCAGUUCAUAUCGGGUGCCGUCGCCGGUAUAUCUGAGUUGGCUGUUAUGUAUCCACUUGACGUGGUCAAGACAAGGUUCCAGCUGGAGGUGACCACACCUGCAGCAAUUGCAGCAGGCAAACAAGUGGAGAAAUACAAUGGUGUCAUCGAUUGUUUGAAGAAAAUCGUGCAGAAGGAGGGCUUCAGUAGACUCUACAGAGGGAUUAGUUCUCCAAUGUUGAUGGAGGCGCCUAAGAGAGCCACCAAGUUUGCAUGUAACGAUCAAUAUCAAAAAAUGUUCCAGUCGCUAUUCCACACGAAUGAAACUACGCAGAAAAUCUCCAUCGCAGCUGGUGCCUCAGCAGGUAUGACGGAAGCGGCAGUAAUUGUGCCCUUUGAGUUGAUCAAGAUCAGGAUGCAAGACAUCAGGUCCAGCUACCUUGGACCAAUGGACUGUUUGAAGAAAACUGUCAAAAACGAAGGUAUCACUGGGUUGUACAAGGGUGUAGAAUCCACCAUGUGGAGAAACGCUCUCUGGAACGGUGGUUACUUUGGUGUUAUCUUCCAGGUGAGAAACUCCAUGCCUGAGGCAAAGACAAAGGGACAGAAGACUAGGAACGAUCUUAUCGCCGGUGCCAUCGGUGGUACUGUGGGUACGAUGCUGAACACUCCAUUUGACGUGGUGAAGUCCAGAAUCCAAAGUGUGGGCGCAGUUGACAGUGUUGUGAAGAAAUACAACUGGUCCCUGCCUUCGCUAUUGAUCAUAUACCGCGAAGAAGGGUUCAGAGCAUUGUACAAAGGUUUCGUCCCCAAAGUGUGUAGACUAGCUCCAGGUGGUUCGUUAAUGUUGGUGGUUUUCACCGGCAUGAUGAAUUUCUUCCGUGAGCUCAAGUACGGGAACUAG